CGAAAGGAGACACCUAGUCAUCCUCGCAUGUACGCUACAGCCGCUCGAAGCGAAGGGGCUGUUCUUCUCCCAGCAGUCUGUCUCCUCCAACCAGACGAGACCGCCACAUCAGAGGCGCGAGCCGUACAUCCGCACGAUCCGCAGACACGCGCCCCUUCCUUGCUCUCCGCGACUAUUGCAGGCGGACGCUCCAGUCUGGCGCGAAAGCGCAUUCCUUGGCAGCAAAAGAUUGAUCGGGCGACGGGGGAGCGAGUCGAGCGCAGGAAGCAGCGGGUAGGCAUCGCGAGAGGCGUGAUGAGGUAUAGGCGGCGCAAUCUUUAAGGAAAGUCAAAGUGUUCGUCACCGUUAGCGUGGGUAAACGCAAUCCUGGAAUUGAGGCAUCCUCUAACACCAUCUGCGCCGGUCACCACCGAGCUGGACUAUGCGACCAGAAGUUGAGCUUGGUUGACGAGUCUUGAGUACAAAAGUUUUCGAGCAGUCACGCAUCCUGGUGGGACUUCCGCACACUCAUCACUUGACUCAAACCUCGUGGAGUGGCGACUGCUUCGUAUUCACACGCAUGGGUGUGACUCCCUGGGGCAGCAGAAUCUUGUACCACAACAAGCGUGAAGGUAGCAGCUUCGCGCAAGGCAUGGGGUAGCAGGCGCGAGGUACU